GCGCGCGACAAGCAGUCGCUCAUCCCCAUGACGAUCAAGCAGGUGCUGUCCGCGACGAAGGCGGCGGGCGAGGACGACGGCUUCGCGGUCGACGGCCGCGAGGUGAACCAGGUCCGCGUCGUGGGCAACAUCCUGCGCCAGGACAAGAAGGAGACGAAGCACGUCUACACCAUCGAGGACCAGACGGGCAUGCUCGAGUGCACCAUGUGGGUCAACCAGGAGGAGGCGGGCGCGACGGUCGAGGAGCGCGCGGAGAAGAUGGUCAACGGCUCCUACGUCUGCGUCAUCGGCGGCCUCAAGGAGUACAACGGCAAGCUCAACGUCUCCGCCUACGACGUGCGGCCCAUCGAGGACUUCAACGAGAUCACGCACCACUACCUCGAGGCCAUCUACUCGCACGCGAAGCAGACGAACGCGAUCAAGACCGGCGGCGGCGGCGCCGCCGCGCCGGCGUCGGCCUUCGGCGCCUUCAACCCGUCCGGCGGCCGCGUCUCCGCCGACGCCAUGGACACGUCCGGCGACGGCGGCAUGACCGCGGACCAGACCAAGGUCUUCAACUUCUACACGACCGAGGGCACGGGCGACGAGGGCUGCAACGUCAACUCCGUCGCGAGCUCGCUCGCCAUGGACCUCAACCAGGUCAAGCACAUCGUCGAGUUCCUCUCCUCCGAGGGCCACCUCUACUCGACCAUCGACGACGACCACCACAAGUCCACGUCCGACGCGUGA